CAAAGGGAAGGCGAUGUUGGAAGCUGAGGCCGGGUUGCGUCAGUGCCGUGCGCGUGCUCGGUUCAGCCCUGGGGCCCCGGCGGGGCUGCAAAAUGAUGGAAGAGGCGGAGGCUGAGGCUGCGGGUCGCUGAGUGGAGCGUGCGGACUGUUUGGAGAUGGGGUCGGGCGCGGGCUCGCCCCCAGGGAGCCUCCUUCUCCGCUGGCUGCUGCUGUGGGGCCUGGCGGGCCCGGUGCUCGCCGGGGAGCGCCCAGGCUUUCAACAGACCUCACAUCUCUCUUCUUAUGAAAUUAUAACUCCUUGGAGAUUAACUAGAGAAAGAAGAGAAGCCCCAAGGCCCUAUUCAAAACAGGUAUCUUAUGUCAUUCAGGCUCAAGGAAAAGAGCACAUUAUUCACUUGGAAAGGAACACAGACCUUUUGCCUAAAGAUUUUGUAGUUUAUACCUACAGUGAGGAAGGUACUCUCAUCUCUGACCAUCCAGAUAUUCAGGAUCAUUGUCAUUAUCGAGGCUAUGUGGAGGGAGUUUAUAACUCAUCCGUUGCUCUUAGUGACUGUUUUGGACUCAGAGGACUGCUUCACCUUGGGAAUUCAAGUUAUGGCAUUGAACCCUUGCACAACAGCUCACACUUUGAGCACUUGGUUUACCGAAUGGAUGACGUCGGGCAAGAGCCUCUGAAAUGUGGUGUUCCUAACAAGGGUGCACAGGAGACCACAAAGCGUGGGGAGGAAGAGCACCCCAGCAUGACCCAACUACUGCGAAGAAGAAGAGCUGUCCUGCCACAGACCCGAUACGUGGAGCUGUUCAUUGUCGUGGACAAGGAGAGGUAUGACAUGAUGGGCAGAAAUCAGACCGCCGUGAGAGAAGAGAUGAUUCGCUUAGCAAACUACCUGGAUAGUAUGUACAUUAUGUUAAACAUUCGAAUUGUGCUGGUUGGACUGGAGAUUUGGACAAACAGAAACCUGAUCAGCAUUAAUGGAGGUGCUGGCGACGUGCUGGGGAACUUUGUACAGUGGAGGGAGAAGUUUCUCAUUACACGCCGGAGACAUGACAGUGCCCAGUUAGUCCUAAAGAAAGGCUUUGGUGGGACUGCAGGAAUGGCGUUUGUGGGGACUGUGUGUUCCAGGAGCCAUGCAGGCGGGAUUAAUGUGUUUGGACAGAUCACUGUGGAAACAUUUGCGUCCAUUGUUGCUCAUGAACUGGGCCAUAACCUGGGGAUGAAUCAUGAUGAUGGGAGAGAUUGCUUCUGUGGAGCAAAGAGUUGCAUCAUGAAUUCUGGAGCAUCAGGUUCCAGGAACUUCAGCAGCUGCAGUGCUGAUGACUUUGAGAAGUUAACUUUAAAUAAAGGAGGAAGCUGCCUUCUUAAUAUCCCAAAGCCUGACGAAGCCUACAGUGCCCCAUCCUGUGGCAACAGAUUGGUGGACCCUGGGGAAGAAUGUGACUGUGGCUCACCGAAGGAGUGUGAGCUGGACCCGUGCUGUGAAGGAAGCACGUGUAAGCUGAAAUCAUUUGCUGAAUGUGCCUACGGUGACUGCUGCAAGGACUGCCGGUUCCUUCCGGGAGGCUCUUUGUGCCGGGGAAAAGCCAGUGAGUGUGAUCUUCCAGAGUAUUGCAAUGGCUCUUCUCAGUUCUGCCAGCCAGAUGUCUUUAUUCAGAAUGGAUAUCCAUGCCAGAAUAACAAAGCCUACUGUUAUGAUGGCAUGUGCCAGAACUACGAUGCACAGUGCCAAGUCAUCUUCGGUUCAAAAGCCAAGGCUGCUCCAAGAGAUUGUUUCAUUGACGUGAACUCUAAAGGUGACAGAUUUGGCAAUUGUGGUUUCUCUGACAAUGAAUACAAGAAGUGUGCCACUGGGAAUGCCUUGUGUGGAAAGCUUCAGUGUGAGAAUGUACACGACAUGCCUGUGUUUGGAAUUGUACCAUCUAUUAUUAAGACACCUAGUCGAGGCACCUAUUGCUGGGGUGUGGACUUCCACCUGGGCUCAGAUGUUCCAGACCCAGGGAUGGUGAAUGAAGGCACAAAAUGUGAUGCUGGAAAGAUCUGUAGAAACUUCCAGUGUGUAAAUGUUUCUGUUCUGAAUUAUGACUGUGAUGUUCAGGAAAAGUGCCAUGGACAUGGGGUGUGUAAUAAUAAUAAGAACUGUCACUGUGAUAGCAACUGGGCCCCCCCAAAUUGUGAGGCGAAAGGAUAUGGAGGAAGUGUGGACAGUGGACCUACCUAUAAUGAAAAGAGCACUGCCCUGAGGGAUGGGCUGCUCGUGUUCUUCUUCCUGAUUGUGCCCCUCGUUGGCUUUGCUGCUUUUCUCUUCAUCAAGAGGAACGAACUCCGGAAAUGCUUCUGCAGAAAGAAGAGAUCACAGACAUAUGAGUCAGAUGGUAAAAAUCCAUCCAGUGUUUCUAGACAGCCAGCAAAUGUUCCUCGCCAUAUUUCUCCAGGGGCUCCUUCCAGACAAGCUCCUGCCCAGGCAAACAGAUUUCCAGCGCCCACCUACGCAGCCAGGCAGCCGCCACAGUUCCCAUCAAGGCCCCCUCCACCACAUCCAAAAAUAUCAUCUCAGGGAAACUUAGUUCCUGCCCGUCCCGCCCCCGCCCCUCCUUUGUAUAGCUCCCUCACUUGACCCGGGACUUUGGUCUUUGCAGAUGUCUUCAGGGAACUGAACUUUUUUUUUUUUCCUGAUAUUUUCUUGAAAAGCUUUUCUUCCUCCUGCAACUAUGAAUGAAAACAAAACACUACAAAACAACUUAGCUACGAAAAGCAGAAACCAAUCAUUCAGUUGAGAAGCAGAAGGAAAUGCGGUGGAGCCACAGGAAUUCAGAGAGCAUGAUUUCCAUUUCCAUCACUGAAUGUCUUAAUCUGUCUUCUGCGACGUUACAUUUUUACCAUGGAUUAAGCAUUUUGAAGGUGGUGUUGUAAUGAUUCUCAAACUAAGUGUUCUGUUAGUGUAAGGUUUGUCAUCAUGUGCUUAAAUGUAAUCCUAUAUUUUUGACCAUAACUAUUUAUGUAGUUUCUGGUUGAACAUGUGAUAAUCUGAUACCUAUGAAAACUGACUAAUUAGCUACCAAUAAUAGCUAAUAUUUUUCAUCUUGCACGGAUUACUAACCAUUGUACACUAAAAUCUUGUCUCUUGUUUGCUACACAAAUAAGCAAAUAUUCUGUCUUCAGAAGAACACACAAGAACCACAAUUAGGAUGUCACCUAUAUUGUUUUGAAAAUGAAAAAUAUGCUGAGUAGAUUCACACACGAUUGUUAGCUUCCAUUUUAAUGAUUUUUCAAUGAUAAAUGACUUAGAAAUUUUAAUUUAAUACUAGAAUUUCUCUUAUGCAUCAUGUUAAGGCAUGGUAUUGUUUUACAAUAGCAUUAUUUUAAUUAAAGUAUAAGCUUUCAGGUACGAAGUUUUUAAUAGUUCUAAUCAAGAUGGAUGUUGAGUCACAGCUAUAAUAAAGCAGGAGCAAUUAUAAUAUCUUCAAUCAGUUGAGCUAUUAUAAAACCACUUGAGAAUUUCAUGAGCACUUUAAGUCUAAAAUCUGAGUCUUCAAAGCUUGAUAUUAAAUCAUUUAGAAUGUUUACAUUUACUAAGGUGUGCUGGAUCAUGUCUCUUUGACUAUAAUAUUUUCAUAGAAAUUAGACUGGUGAAAGAAAGGAAAGGGUUUCUUAAGUACAAUUUUAAUGUGGUAUCUAUGAAUUAUUAUCUCAACUGUGUUAAAAAUGAAUUUUUACUAUGGAAGAAAUGUUAUGAGCAAUGAAAUUUUAAACACUUAAAAGAUUUUUUCAUAACCUUUCAUAAUAAAGUUUAAUAAUAGGUCUAUUAACUGAAUUCAUUAGUUUUUAAAUAAUAUUUUGGUUUGUGUAUGUAUAUAAAUACAAAUAUUUACA